AUGCGCGUGCGUUUAGUCAUUAGCCACUUUGGUAUUGGAGUUUGAUCUGUUUAAGUUAGGGAGCGCGCGGGGCUUUCUUCCCGCGCGGCUGUUUACUCUUGGUAGCUUUCUCAUCACUCGCUCUACAUUGUGGUCCUGACUUCUCGGCGUCGUGCACCCUCACCUAUCGGAAGGCUUUACUUCCACGCUCGCAUCGUUUCUGCGAUAGGUUAUGAGCCCAACGAGCUACCAAGCCCGAGUCAGUAAAGCGAUUCCCAUCGCACCACCAUCGGAAUGGACACCGAUACACCCUCCACCGAAACGAGUGAUCGUGGAAUACAUGUACCAAUCCUUCGCGCCACAAACUACAUGGAUUGGCGUCGACGUCUGAUUGGUCGUCUUGUAUCCAAGGACUUGCAUCUUUGCGCAUCGAGGCCGUUGAGGGCCGCUGCGGAGGCCGUUCUUCAGGUCGCAAUCGACGAUCGAUCGCGCGGCUUCCACUCGCCACUCGAGCGGCUCGACUUCGCAUCUAUGGACGUGAAGAUCGCCAAGGAGCGUUCGGAGUCAUUUUCAGCCCCUGCUAUGGUUGCGAUGACCACCCACCAUUCCCUUUACCUUGCUGGUUCGUCCUCGAGAGCUCCCGAUACCGAUUUCGUUUGGAUCGCGGAUACCGGAGCUGGUCACCACUUCGUUGGCGAUCGCUCGCUGCUCUCGGACUUCAAAGAAUCCCCGAUGCAAGUCCAGUUGGCCGACAAUUCGCUUGGUCAAGCCACUGGAUACGGGCGAAUGUCUGUUAAGACUUCGCAAGGUCUCGUUCUCGAGUUCAAGGAGAUGUAUUACCUCCCUGGAUCGAAGUAUGGUCUCAUCUCAAUGUCGUUGCUCCGCGCUGGAGGCGCGAAAUUGGUUUAUGGCCAUGGGGGAGAUACUCAACAGGUUUGGCUUGACGGCUCUCUCGUCGCCGAAACUGUCAAGACGAAGGCCAAGAAACCAAGUUACGUCUUCGAUUUUGAGAUCGUUCCCCCACCCUCGCCUGUGCUCGUCGCCACUACCCGUGCCUCCGUUGGAGCUUCGCUCAUGGAAUGGCAUCGGAAGUUCGGACACAUGGCACCUUCAUCAAUUCUUCGUCUCGUCAAUUCCAAGGCUGUCGUUGGGAUUCGUCUACUCGACAAGAAGAUUGAAGACUGUGAGCCGUGCAUUAUCGCGAAGGCGCGCGCGGGCCCUCACAAUCAUGUCAGUCGAAAACCCGAACAUGUUCUUCAACGGGUUUCGAUCGAUCUGGGAUUCGUCAACGAUGACGAUACCAAAGGACGAUCCAUCUACAUGGUUAUCGUCGACCAACUUUCAACCUAUAAGUGGGCUUUUCCACUUGGUUCGAAGUCGGCAUCCGAAGUCCUCGAGGUCUGGCGCUGCUUUCAAGCGCAGGUCGAGAGGCAGUCCGGUCAGAAGAUCAAGUUUGUUCGUUCUGACAAUGGAGGCGAGUUCGUCAACCAACUCUUUGGCGACGAAUUCAGGGCACUUGGCAUCACCCAUGAACUGGCUGCACGCUACACGCCGCAGCAGAAUGGUCAAGCGGAGCGCGCGAACGGCUCUCUCUUCGCGCUCGUCCGUGCCAUGCUCAAGGACUCCGGACUUCCCAAGAAGUAUUGGUCUUACGCAAUGGAAGCGGCUGUUUUCGUUUCCAACCGCGGUCCUCACCCGCAUCUCAAGGGCAAGACUGCGUUCGAGGUCUUCUUCGGCAAGCAACCCGACGUUUCGCAUCUUCGCGCGUUCGGAUCUACUGCCUACGUUCUCAUCCCAAAGGCGAUUCGUAAGAAGCUCGAUGACCAUACUGUCAAGGGUACUUUCCUCGGCUAUUCGGGGGAGUACAACUACAAGGUUCGCGUCGAACACGGUCGGUCUUUCAAGAUCGUCGUCUCUUCCGAUGUCACCUUCUCCGACAAGGCUCCUUCGAUCGCGGACUCGGCUGUCGAGCCUCGCAUCUACGAAGUUGAACCUCUACAGGAAUACGAGUUAGUACACCAUCUGUCGUUUCCUGGCUUGGAGCAGAUUCCGGCUUUACGGCCUGUUCCGGAGCAGUUUCCGGCUUUACGGCCUGCUCCCCUUCCUGAGGCAGGUUUGGCUUUUCAGCCUGCGCUCUUUCCCGAGGCAGAUCCGGCUUUACGGCCUGCGCUCGUACCCGAGGCAGAAGUUCCGGCUUUACGGCCUGCGCUCUUUCCCGAGGCAGAAGUUCCGGCUUUACGGCCUGCGCUCGUACCCGAGCUUGGUCCGGCUUUUCGGCCAGCUCCCGCUCCUCUUCUUCGUUUCCAACAUAUGGACGAUGACGACGUUGCUCCCCCUCCUUUACCGGCUGUCGGCCCGUUGGCCGAAGACGCUGAAGUUGAAGAGGACCCGAUCGAUCAUCGACGCGAGGAAGCAGUUGAGGCUAUCGACAGUGACGCGUCGUUUGGUUGCGAUCACAACAACGGCAGAUCUGUGGGAGCGUAUGCCGUUAUCAUGGCUGGCGCUGCCAUCUCCUGGAAGUCGAAGCAACAGACGAUGGUCGCUUCUUCUACAGCAGAGUCUGAGACUCUGGCUGCUUCAACCGCAGCAAAGGAGGCUAUCGGUCUUCGCAACCUGGCGUCCGAACUUCGCAUCAAUCAAGGUCGAUCUACUGUUCUGCACGAGGACAACCAACCUUGCAUCGAUUUGGUGAAGAAUCCUGGAGCUCGAGGUCGUACUCGCCAUUGGAAUGUGCAUCAUUUCUAUCUACGCGAACGAAUCGAGGUUGGCGAUAUCGAUCUCCGCUACUGUCCGACCGAUUUGAACACGGCCGACAUCUUGACAAAACCCCUAUCCAAGCUCAAGUUCUCUACGCAUCGCGAAGGACUCGGGAUGGUCUCGCUGGCUACCUUGGCAUGUGGGAGUGUUAAUUGAUAUGUGUCUGUGCCUGUGGUAUCUGCGCGGAUGCGCGUGCGUUUAGUCAUUAGCCACUUUGGUAUUGGAGUUUGAUCUGUUUAAGUUAGGGAGCGCGCGGGGCUUUCUUCCCGCGCGGCUGUUUACUCUUGGUAGCUUUCUCAUCACUCGCUCUACAUUGUGGUCCUGACUUCUCGGCGUCGUGCACCCUCACCUAUCGGAAGGCUUUACUUCCGCGCUCGCAUCGUUUCUGCGAUACUGACAACUGGCCGAUCGGGGAAGCCCCUGCUAUACAGCAUCGCGCUCGCUUAGGCGACACGUUCCCACCGCUCUGGAGGUCUGCCCCAUAGAGAUAUGCUGAAGACCCUCUCCGAGUCACCGUUCCUUGUGCCAGGCAAACCGGGCAGGCUUGCACGGAACGCUACCAGCUUCUGCGGCUGCGUUCACCACCUGUAGGGGCAGGUGCUUUCCUCACUCGCAAGACUGCCUCCCUGCGGACGCCGACGUUGCUGACCAAGCGUUCGGUCUUGCUGGACGUUUAGAGCUGCGAGCUAUGUAG